AUAAAAUAAGAUUUUAUUUAUUUACAAAUUUGCUCAAAUAGUAAAUAACACACUUCUUUGAUCUAGCAGUAUACUUUUAAAUGUAGUUGUGAUUUAGAUCUCUGAAUCCGGUACUAACCUUUAGGUUGCCGCUGCUUAAACAAAACAUUUUUUUGUUCAAACCAUGGCCCGAACGAAAAUAAAACGGCGCACUUAUAAUCUUAAUAAACAGCAAAAUUCAGAAAAUAAACUGAGAACAGCACAGAAUACGGUAACAGAGGAGCUACCACAAGAAGCAUCAGUCAGUCCGCCACAAGAGUGCCCCAUAAUCCAGGCUAAACAACCAGAGGCGCCAGCAGGCGCUGCUCCGCUGGAAACAUUGCCACUGCCGGCUGAAGAGUUAGAGGUGGAGAAGGAAACGCUGUCCAAGUCUAUGUGUUUGAGUGCAUCAACUAUUGAGAAUCAGGAAGAGACUUCCAAUAUAAAUGUAGAAGAGGCUGUUGCAGUUACUGAAGACACAAAUACAACUGAUAAUAAUCCACAAGAAAAUUCCUUGAAGAAUGACGAUAGUAUAGAAUUGAAAUCGCCAAUACUCGGGUGCAGUCGUAGAUCAAGAUCCUGCCGCGUACGACUUAAAAACAGUAACAACGACUGGUCCAUCCAAGCCACCCAAGGUGCCGCCGGCAAUGGGCAGUCUGACACCAACGCCGAUGAAGAAGUGCACAGUAUAUCACGGGACUCACCGUUAAAUCUGGCAUGGGACUCGUCCAUGAAAGAGAACUGUCGUCAGCAAGCGAACGCUCCCAACUUCCGGCCCAUUACGCCAGACAACCUGCUGGUGCCAGUAGACGAGAUAUUCUCCCCCACCACACAGAAACAAAUCCGGACCACCAUACGGGCCCUGUUCCCCAACGGGCCGCCGCCGCCGCCGCCCGUUCGGCCCAUGAGGAGGCCCAAGAAAGGUGACGUCCCGUACAUUGUCAACUGCACUAAGAGACCACGAGUCCCUUCCCCCAAGAGUCUCGACGUCUUCACAGGGGACAAAUAUGGCAUCACCAGCACCACCAACUGUGACGAAAACGAAGAGCAGUGUACCCCAGAGAAGAAACCCCGGCGCGGCCCGUACGGCGGCCCCAGCAUCUCCAAAUCAACAUUCAAUCGACAAACCAAUGAGAUCGCUGAACGGCUUAAACUUUACGAAAAAAUCGAUAGGCUAGUCGGCAGAAGUCCCAAGGUGGAACCCGUCGGUUACAUGAAGCGCGCGUUCAGCCCGCUGCCCAGCACCUCCACUGACAACGAAACGAUCAUGAAAAACGACAAACACUUUAGUGAAAGCUUGAACUGUGAUAAUUUUGAUAUAGACGAAGAUGAGGAAUUACCGGAAGUUAUAUGGGAAACGGAUAAUAUUAAAAAGGAGAAAGAUCAAUUAGAUCUUUCCUCACCUUUAAAAAAUAGAGACAUAGAAACUAAUAAAUAUACUGAUAGUAUACUAACAGCAAUGAAUGAAGAUAUGAAUAACAAUAAUGAUGUUAUUGCCAUAGAUGACGAGUUCUGUGAAAUUCAAUUUGAUAAAUUUAUGCCAAAGGAGAAAAUACUCGACUACUCUGACUGCGGACCCAAAAAAGAACCAGAGCUGCCCACGGUACCUUUUUCACUGAUGCAGUCAUCAAAACCUUCGACCGACAUUUGUGCGACGACCUCCACUGACGUAAUUUGUGUCGAUAACACCUGCACCACACAAGCGCAUUCUAACUCAGUCACUUCCCCUGUGCUGCGAGCGAUUAAUAAAAAUGCAACCGCCACAGCAACGAAACAGUCUGAUCUAGUCAUUGAAGUGCCAGAAGCUUUAGAACCCAUUAAUAUGUCACGACACGCCCCCAUUAGAGCUCCGUCGUGGAACGAGGAAGUUCAGUUUGUCUCCGAAGAGAGGAUAGAGGGACCAAACAACUCUACUGCAGAAGACCUCCCUGAAGUGCAGAUCGUGUCCCAGACUCCCGCCGCCCCGGACACCAGCUCGAACGGAAUAUUUUCAACGGCCAUCAACGAGCUACAGCAGUUCCUCACCUGCCUCCAUGAGGCCUGUUCCUGGAAGAAAACGAAAAAGAAAAACACCAAAACGAAAUCCAAAGAAAACUCGUGCGCUCCCUCCAACACCGAAAAUGUUUUAUCAAUCAAUGAUGAGAACACGGCACCUGUGAAUGUUGAAAACGUAUCAAAUGUUAACGGUGAAAAUGCUACAGUGAGUCAAGUGCAGCCGGACACUAGCUUGAAUGGCGUCGCCGAGUCAUCACCCGGUAAGCAACUCGGUGAGUGCCCGAUCUGCCUGGAAAAUCUGCGGAGAGGCUCCAUAGCUUCCACGACUUGUGGUCACGUCUUCUGCCUCGAGUGCAUCAGAGAGUCGCUGAGGAGCAGCGGCAAGAGGUGUCCGACCUGCCGGAAGCAACUGCGAGGAGUCGGGUACCACCAGGUGUUUCUGUAAUUUUAAUGUCUUUAUCGUAAGCAUUCCAUGUGAUUUUAUAUUACCAGUUUACAUGUACCUAAAUGUGACAUAUCUGUACUGUAUCUAAGACUGACUCAAGCUACAAUUUAGGCUGUACCUAAUUGCUAAAAUUUUCGAUUUUUCUGCAUCUUGUACAGUAGUACAUAAUGCUACAUGUGUAUAGGGAUGAUUUUUGUAGCUUUGGGUCACCCAGACUUUAGUUGUAGUUAGAUAUUAUUUAAUUGGUGUACGUACGAAAGUUCAUAAGUGUCAGACAUUUGUGUACUUAGAUAAAGUAAGGCGGUUAUCAUUCUACUUCCACUUAUUGCCUUAGAAAGUUGGGCUGUGCCCGACCGUAGGGCCAAAUACACUGCUAGAUGUAAGGAGCGCUUGAAUGUCUAGUUACACUCGAUGAUACAGGGUCAAGUUCACUGAUGCAUAUACUGACUGGUCAAGUGCAUAGCUGAAUGGAAGAGGUACAGUCAGCCAAAAAAGUGAUUUACCACUUUUCGACCUCAUGUGUUUGACAUAGAGUCGAAAAAUGGUAAACCACUUUCUUGGCUGACUGUACGAGGUACUCAGAUACUGAGCGGUAGGUCUUUACGCAACGAAUAGCGGUGGUAGUGUGAUAUCCGCCAAAGGGCGUUAAGCAUUAAAAAAAAUCGGACAAGGUGAUUGUCCCUAUCUAUCUAUUGUACACUCGAAAAAUGUUUGGAGCCGAUGAUGCCGUAAUUUACCUACAGUUAUGUGUAUAAAUAGACCGAAAUGUUUAUCCAUCGUAUUUUCUAGGAAUUGCACGAAAGUACAGUGUUAGUCCGUUUUCACACUAUCCGAUCCGAUAUCGGAAGUCGGAAGGAUUUCAUAGGAAAAAAUAAUCAAAGAUGGCGUCCUUAUUGUGAAAACGCACUUACGCUGUUUCAGCCAGGCUCAGUACAACAGUGACUGAUGAUAAAUAGGAAGUUUCAGAGAAAAUACGAUUAAAAAACUAUUAUGCACUAUACAUAAGUACAGUCAACCAAUGGGAACCCUAGGCCCCUGUAGAACUAUGUCAUAGUGACGUUAUAAAUCAGAUUGUAAGAAAAAUCUUACUGUUUGUGAUUUUGACAUGGUUGUAGAGUGGCCUAGGGUUCCAAUUGGUUGACAGUACAUACGUGUGCAUUAGAGAUAGAAGAUAGGUGUUCGAUAGUUUUGUGCGUAACGCUCCUAAUUAAACAGCAGAACAAGCACAUUAGUAGGGGGAAAUUAGCU